AACAUGAUUCUUAUACUUCAUGAACGUCACGCUAAACAUAAACGGAAUAAACAAGCUGUGAGCAAAAUUGCAAAACAAUUUAAUCAAACGAUGUCGAAAGCAAAAUUGCAGUGCGAUAGGAAGAAGAAUAUAUCUCCGCAGAAGGAUCUGCAAGACAACACAUUACGAAGAAUGGAAAACUUAUUGAGUUCGUGUCGAUUGUGUUUAACUAGCUUGAAUGAUGGGCAAAGCAUUGAUUUGUUUGACGACGAAAAUGUCGAGAGACCGUACUCAUUAGUAGCUGAAGACCUGACCAGUUUGCAGAUCACCAAAGACGACAUGUAUCCCAACAACAUUUGCGAAAGCUGUGCUAGUCAACUGGCAAUUUUCGAUUCAUUUCGUACGUCCUGUCAACUCUCAUUCAAAAAACUGCAGGCAAUUGUACCACUGGGAAUGUCGAUACGUGACAGUCGCAAACAGAAACUGACCGCCGAGUACAUAUUCGAAGCCGAUGGCAACGAAAUGACCAUCGGAUCGGAAGGAUCGGUGAACGACGACGAAAUAUUGGUUCAAUUGUGCGAUUACGAACCGGUGGACACGAAUGAAAGCCAGGACAGCGGUCCAAACGAAACGGACAAUUUGAUUGAGUUGACGAUUAAAACGGAAGAGGUCGACGCCGAAGACUAUGCCAAUGAGCCGCUGUAUCUGGCCGAUCAAGUUAACAUUCAGAAUGUGGCGAUAAAGGAUGAAUCGAAGCCGAAACGGAAGCGAAUACCAAAAUUGCCAGCAUCUGAACGGAAUCUGCACUGCGAGACCUGUAAUAUCACAUUCAACCGAGGUCACGAUUUCACGCGUCAUCAAAUGUCCCAUGCCGGAAUUAAGGAGUUUUCAUGCGAAUUGUGUCAUCAACAGUUCACGCGUCGAUCACAUCUCAACAGUCAUAUGAUGAUUCACAAUCAAAUCAAACCGUUCAGUUGCGACACUUGCGGUUUCAUGUUCCGGAAACUAUCCAAUCUCCAUCGUCACAUGAGCGUUCAUUCGGACAUUUAUAACUUUGAAUGCACCAUGUGCGACAAAAAGUUCAAAAGAAUGCCAUCCCUGCGUCUGCACCAGAAAAUACACGAAGGUGGCUGUACGCUAACCUGUACGUUUUGCGGAAAAGUGUACGCGUCGUACAGUGGUUUCAAGAAGCACCUGGCCAAACAUAAUAGCAAAGAGAAUAUCGAGGGGAAGACGAUGAACGACGACGUUGAGAUCCUGUACGAAGAAUAUCUCAUUUCGGAUGAUGUCGAAGCGAUUGAAACUUAGUGGGACGGAGUGUGUGUUAAUAUCGUUUCCAUGUAUCUUUCUCGGUUAGUUUAAUAAAUUGCAAGGCGAACAUUUUGUCAACAGAAA